AUGUCACAGCAUAUUUCAAUUCAUUUAGAGAAAGUAUAUUUAUUAAAUGUUGUGUUAUAUGCGGACUCUUUAGAAACCAUCAAGAAAUUAGUUCAAGUGAAUAGUUCAAUUCAAGAAGUUCUUCAAAUGGUCCGGAACACGCCAAACAUUUUACGUCAAUCUAAAAAAGAGUCUGAUUUUUGUUUCAACGAAUGGGACGCUCUCUUUUUAAUGAAAAGAACUAUUAACGAGUAUUUAAGUCGAACGGCUCGCAAUCUGUUUCCGUCAAUUAAUACUUUGUUAUUGGAAGGUGGAGAAGUCCCAAUGUAUGUCGACCAACUCGAGAGAAUCAGUCGAAUUGUUUUGUAUGAUCCCCCAUUCGAUUUAACACUGAUGGCGCGUAUAGAAGAUUGUAUAGUAGAAUUUAUAUGGAAUUAUAAUUCAGUCAGUAUAGUUAAUAUUUCUAAAAUGAAACUAUUAAAACGCCUCAAAAUUGACUUGAACAAACAAGAGUGCAAUUUUAAAACGAUUUUUAAGAAUCAAAGACAAACUAUUGAUGUAGUUCGAAUAACUAAUGUUUUAAACUAUGAAAAUCUCUUAGUUUUGAAGAAAUAUGUCGGGUUUGAAAAAAUCAUUGUGGACGCGGAAACAGACGCCCCAGAAAUAAUCAUCCACAAAAUCUCACAAUUUGCAAAGGUCGUUGCAGACACGUUUGUGCCGGGCAAAAACGAUUUUUUGACGUUAAUGGACAACAACGCGAUAAAAAUAUCUUUGAAGCAAAAAAUGAGUCAAAACGAAAUGGAAAAUUUUGAGAAGAUGAUUCAAAAUUACUUGCCUGCUAAUGUUGAGAUUACAGGAGAUUAUUUUGACGGAAUACAAAACGUGUUGGCGAAAGUGAAGAGUGCGACUAAGAUGGAGAUUGCGAUUGAGAUUGACCCCGAAACGAAAUUGGAAGAAAUCCUCGAGAAAGAGAGAAAUGAGAGAGAAGGAGCUGAGGAAGAUCGAGAACAGAGAAGAAUGGAUCGACUCAACGGAAUAGUCAGAUUUGAUUUGGAGAACGAAGAGACUGAAGAACAGAAAAAAGCACGGAGAAAAGCACAUAGUAAAGUGGUAACAACUCGUGAGAAAAGUAUUCAACUCCCAACCACUUUGACUUCUUUAGUUUUGAAUGACAAAACGAGUAAAUUAAAUAGUGAUAACGUGAAAUAUAUUCAAGAAAUAGAAUUAAAUAAUGUCGACCCAAAAUGUUAUGAAAUUAAUCAAUUAACAACUUUAACCAAACUCAGAGUCUCAAAUUGCACGGCCAACUUUGCUCAUCUGAGUCAGUUGAAGGAUAUCACUUUUAAUAGUUGUUUUAUAGAAAAAGUCGAAACCAUUCCGAUGAGCGUAAAAAGCCUGAAAUUAUAUAACUGCAGAAACUUGAAGUAUGAAACACUUGAUUUUCUGACUCAAAUGACUUCUUUGAUGAUAUAUGACACACGCAAUGUGACCAAUUUGGAUUUGAAUAAUUUGAUCCAUCUCCAGAAGUGCUAUUUCAACCAUCUCAUUCCAAUCUCGUUUCCUCAAAAUAUGACAAGUUUAGUCAUCGGAAGUCAAAACAACAAAACUAUCGAUUUAUUACAAAGCACAAAGUUAAAAGAAAUUUGUAUUGAAAAUACAACAGACGCAGUAUUAGUGUUACCGAGUGUGGAAACUUUAUUUUUGUAUGACAGUGUUAUUGCCAUAAAAAAUAAAAAUGAUGUAUUGAUUAAAGAACUCCAUUUUGAAGAAUGCGAAAAUAUCACUUUUGACUUUUGCAAUGUUUGUGACGUAACGAGAUUGUCGAUCUUCCCAUUUGAAGAUGAGUACUUGGAAUUGGCAAAGGAACUUCCAAAACUUGAUUUAUCCAAUUUUAAUUGA